UGUCCCUCCUCGCCGGCGGUGAGGCGCUGCCCGCCGGGGGACAAUGGUGCAGCUGCGGGACAGCUUGCUGGGCGGCACAGCCGGCGGUGCUGGGUGUGAUCCUGCACCAGUGAACGCUGCCAGUGGCUGAGGCGCCCCUCGGGAGCGCUGUCUGCGGCUGCCAGGGCGUUCUUGGACCUGCUGCAGCUGCGGGCGCCCGGGCAGGCCCCUGCCGUGGCGCCACGGGCGACGACGACGGCUGCGACGAGGACGAGCCCGAGGGUGACGCUCCUGUGACGGCCGAGGCGCGUGCGGUGGCGGCAGCACCGCGAGGCGAUGGCUCCGCUGAGGGCCGCAACGACGACGACGCGCUGCUUGCAGAGGCCAUGGCGCGGGCGGAAGCAGAGAGGUGGCAGAUGGUCCUUGGAGGGCGCCGUGGUGCUCGUGCCUGGCUGUGCGACGCUGCGGCCGCAGGGGCGCGAGGUCGCCGAGCCGACGGGGAUCGACGGGACCAGGCUCGAUGGGGACGUCGGCGCGCGCGGCGUGCCCGACGAGAUGCAGGAGGACGACGGCAUGGGCGAGCCUGUGCUGGACUGCGAGAAGGGGGACGAGACCGAGAAGGUCGAGGGCGCCCUGGACGGCGACGGGGGCGACGUCGGGAAGCAGGAGGGGGACGAGAUGCACGUGGCCGAGGCCGCGGGCAAGCUGGGAACUGGCGGCAAGCGACGCCGUCGGCCGAGGCGCAACGCCCUCGCGGAGCAGGUUGGCGCGGACCUGGAUCUCCUGGACCAGGAGCGUGCAAGGGUGCGGAACGAGAGGAGGGAGCUUCGCCGCGGCAGCGGCGGGGUGGAGGCCCUCCGUCAAUCCAUGGCCGCCGUCGCGCGCGACAUGGAGGAGCACGGCGACGCUGACGUGCUACUCCUGGUGUUGCUUGAGCGUUUCGCGGCGGAGACCGUUUGGCUUCAGGGUGGCAGUAUCCCAGAGCACCUGCUGCAUGAUCCUUGGCUCUGCGGGGCUGGUGAUAUUUUCAGCUGGGUGGGUUGUGAGUCGCACGUUUCCAGCAGCUUGUUGUCCGUUGGUUUGUGCAAAGAUUGAAGCGCAUCUUGAUUUAUGUGCGUGUCUAUUUCUGAAUGGCAGAUGCUGUUGCGACUAUAAUCUGAACCCUGCGCGUGCCUGGCACCCAAGGUGGUGUUGGAAGGUAGCCGAAGCUGCAGCUGGGCUUCCGCGGGGGCCUGGUUCCGUCUGUCCGUGAGCAGUGUACGCGAGCAUGUGGUCAGUGU